AAGAGACAGCCCGUGAGGGGGCCUUGCCAUGGCUGACCUAGAGACAGCGCGAAGUGGCCGAUCAUCCUCGGGCAAGUCCAAGCGCUCCGGCUCGGGAAAGGGCCGCAAGGGCAAGCACCAGGGCUCCACCCCUGGCCCUGAGGCCGUAGCGGAGGAUCUCGAGGCCAGGCUGGCAGAUGAGACUCCGGAGGGAAGUAUUCCAGUAACGCCAGUGGUUGUAGAAGACAUGGACACCUACACCAUAGGCAUGAGGGGGCUGUUUAAGACGCGGGUGUCUCUGACCGGGGUGUCCGAGGCCAGUUGGACGGAGGAGAACGACAAGGCGUUGGAUAAGUUCAUCGCCGACAGCUCCAUCAGGAUCAUGGUCGUCUACUCCGACCCCUUCUCCGGACUACGGGUGGAGUACGCCAUUCCGUCUCAGGUGGUGGAGCAGCUGGCCUUCUUCAUCCGCUCGUCGGAGGUGCCCAUCCUAGAGGAGGGCUUUGAGAGCGCCGUGCAGUUUGGCAGCGUCCGGGCCGACGCCACCGAGAGCCUGCUGCGGACGAUGAACGGCGUCCACGCCCCCCAGGUGACCCUGAGCACCGCCUGGCCCGAGAGCAUCAAGAACAACUACUCCGCCCACAUGCACCGCUUCCUCACCAACCUCACAGACACCAGAUUCAAGCUGAUGGGGAACACAGUGCUGUACAUCCCCAUGGAGGCCAUGCAGUACAGCCCUGAGGUGGCCAGCAAAGACAAGGAGCUGGUGCACAGAUUGGAAAUGGUGAUGAUCCACUGGACGCGUCAGAUCAAGGAGGUGCUGAACGCCCAGGAGACGGUGGAGAUGGGCGACAGCUCGGGCCCCCUGGAGGAGAUCUCCUUCUGGAGGAGCCGCUGUGCCGACCUGUCCGGCAUCAGCCAGCAGCUGCAGAAGCCGGGGGUCAGACACAUCCAGGCCACCCUGCAGCUCUGCAAGUCCUCCUACGUCCCCCCCUUCUGCAAGCUGGCCCAGCAGAUACAGGUAGAGGAGCACGUACACUGGGAGCAGAUCAGGCACGAGCUGCAGCGGUCGUUCGACCACACCAGUCCAGACUUUACCCUGGAGAAGAUCGUGGCGCUGGGGAUGGACCAGCACGCUGAGCGCAUAGGCGAGAUCUCCGGAGCGGCCAGCAAGGAGCUGUCCAUAGAGCAGGGCCUGGAGAGCAUCGCUAAGACCUGGGAGGAGACAGUCCUGGACAUCACCACGUACAAGGACAAGGGUCACCACAGGCUGAGGGGAACAGAGGAGGUGUUCCAGGCUCUGGAGGACAACCAGGUGACCCUGUCCACCAUGAAGGCGUCCCGCUUCGUCAGGGCGUUUGAGAAGGAGGUGGACCGCUGGGAGCGCUGCCUCUCCCUGGUGCUGGAGGUCAUCGAGAUGAUCAUCACCGUGCAGAGACAGUGGAUGUACCUGGAGAACAUCUUCCUGGGGGAGGACAUCAGGAAGCAGCUGCCUCGUGAGUCCACAGAGUUCGAUGACAUCAACUCCAGCUGGAAGACCAUCAUGGACCGCCUCAACAAGGACACCAACGCCUUGAGGGGAACGCACCACCCAGGCCUACCAGAGAAGCUGUCGGAGAUGAACAACAAGCUGGAGGAGAUCCAGAAGUCUCUGGACAUGUACCUGGAGACCAAGCGCCAGAUCUUCCCCCGGUUCUACUUCCUGUCCAACGACGACCUGCUGGAGAUCCUGGGUCAGUCUCGCCACCCUGAGGCCGUGCAGCCGCACCUCAAGAAGUGCUUCGACAACAUCAAGAGCCUGCGCAUCGCCAAGGUGGGGCUCAGCAAGUCGGAGGCCAACGGGAUGUUCUCUGCUGAGGGGGAGUUUGUGGACCUCACCCACCCUGUCCUGCUGGAGGGGCCAGUAGAGGCGUGGCUGUGCGACGUGGAGAGGAACAUGCGCUGGACUCUGAGGGAGUCCCUGAAGAACUGUCGCACGGCCCUGAAGAAGAUGGCUGGGAAGAGGGACAAGUGGGUGAAGGACUGGCCUGGACAGAUGCUCAUCACCUCCAGCCAGAUCCAGUGGACCGCCGACGUCACCAAGGCCCUCCUCACGGUCAAGGACAAGGGCGACAAGUCUGCCCUCAAGUCCAUGAAGAAGAAACAGGUGUCCAUGCUGCACCGCUACUCCGAGGCCAUCCGGGGGAACCUCUCCAAGAUCCUGCGGCUGAAGAUCGUGGCGCUGGUCACCGUGGAGGUGCACAACCGCGACGUCAUCGACAAGCUGGCCAAGACCGGCUGCAACGACGUCAACGCCUUCGACUGGCUCAGCCAGCUCCGCCUCUACUGGGAGAAGGAAGUGGAUGACUGUAUCAUUAGACAGACCAGCACACACUUCAAGUACGGAUACGAGUACCUGGGCAACUCUGGACGGCUCGUCAUUACUCCGCUCACUGACAGAUGUUACAUGACCCUGACCACGGCGCUGCACCUGCACCGGGGCGGCUCCCCCAAGGGCCCUGCGGGGACGGGGAAGACGGAGACGGUGAAGGACCUGGGCAAGGCCCUGGGCAUGUACGUCAUCGUGGUCAACUGCUCCGAGGGGCUGGACUUCAAAUCCAUGGGCCGCAUGUACUCUGGACUGGCUCAGACGGGGGCGUGGGGAUGUUUUGACGAGUUCAACCGUAUCAACAUCGAGGUGCUGUCUGUGGUGGCCCAGCAGAUCCUGUCCAUCCUGUCUGCUCUGGCUGCCGCAGCCACCAGCUUCAUCUUCGAGGGGCGAGAGAUCCGCCUGGUCUGGUCCUGUGGCAUCUUCAUCACCAUGAACCCUGGUUACGCUGGUCGUACGGAGCUGCCUGACAACCUCAAGUCCAUGUUCAGACCCAUCUCCAUGGUGGUGCCCGACUCCACCCUCAUCGCUGAGAUCACCCUGUUUGGAGAGGGCUUCAACAACUGCAAGGUCCUGGCUAAGAAGGUGUUCACCCUCUACUCCCUGGCUGUUCAGCAGCUGUCUAAGCAGGACCACUAUGACUUUGGCCUGCGAGCCCUCACCUCCCUGCUCCGCUACGCCGGCAAGAAGAGACGCGUCUGCCCUGAUGUCGCCGGCGAAGAGAUCCUGCUGAUGUCCAUGAAGGACAUGAACAUGGCCAAGCUGGCCACCAUCGACCUGCCGCUGUUCAACGGCAUCAUCCAGGAUCUCUUCCCCGGAGUGGAAUCCCCUACCAUCGACUACGGAAAGUUGAGGGAGACCAUCGAGGCGGAGCUGAUCCAGAGUGGGCUGCAGGUCACGCCCUUCACCCUGACCAAGGUCAUCCAGCUGUACGAGACCAAGAACUCCCGCCACUCCACCAUGAUCGUGGGCAAGACGGGCUGUGGCAAGAGCGUGACCUGGAGGACCCUGCAGAGCACCCUGGCCACCAUGCACCGCCAAGGAGAGCCAGGCUUCAACCUGGUCCGGGAGUGCCCUCUGAACCCCAAGGCAGUGAGCCUCGGAGAGCUGUAUGGCGAGUACGACCUGUCCACCAACGAGUGGACGGACGGAGUGCUGUCCUCUCUCAUGAGAGGAGCCUGCGCAGACGAGAAGCCGGAUGAGAAGUGGAUCGUGUUCGACGGGCCCGUGGACACGCUGUGGAUCGAGAGCAUGAACUCAGUGAUGGACGACAACAAGGUGCUCACGCUGAUCAACGGGGAGAGGAUCUCCAUGCCAGAGCAGGUGUCCCUGCUGUUUGAGGUGGAGGACCUGGCAGUGGCGUCCCCAGCCACAGUGUCUCGUUGUGGGAUGGUCUACAACGACUACUCUGACCUGGGCUGGAAACCCUUCGUCCAGUCCUGGCUGGACAGACGCAAUAAGGGGGAGGUGGAGCACCUGCAGCGUCUGUUUGACAAGUACGUAGAGAAGACGGUGGCGUUCAGGAGGAGCAGCUGCAAGGAGCUGGUCCAAAUCACCGAGCUCAACGGAAUCUCCUCCCUCUGUCGCCUCUACGACUCUCUGGCCACGCCCGCCAACGGGGUCAACCCCGGUGACUCUGAUAACUAUGGUCGCAUGGUUGAGUUGUGGUUCAUCUUCAGCCUCGUCUGGUCGGUGUGCGCCUCUGUGGACGAGGACGGCCGCAAGAAGAUGGACAACUUCCUCAGGGAGAUGGAGGGCACCUUCCCUAACAAGGACACCAUCUAUGAAUACUAUGUGGAUUCUAAGAACAAGACAUGGACUUCCUUUGAGGACAAACUGCCCAAGGGCUGGCGCUAUGCCGCCAACGCUCCCUUCUACAAGAUCAUGGUGCCCACGGUGGACACGGUGCGCUACAACUUCCUGGUGCGUGCGCUGGUGACGGGCCGCUACCCAGUGCUGCUGACGGGCCCGGUGGGGACUGGGAAGACCUCGGUGGCCCAGACCGUCCUGCAGGCCCUGGAGCCCUCCCAGUGGACCACGCUCACCGUCAACAUGUCCUCCCAGACCACCUCCCACAACGUGCAGGCCAUCAUCGAGAGCCGCGUGGAGAAGAGGACCAAGGGUGUGUACGUGCCGGUGGGGGGGAAGCGCAUGCUGACCUUCCUGGACGACCUGAACAUGCCGGCGCUCGACAACUUUAGCUCCCAGCCCCCCCUGGAACUCCUGCGCCUCUGGAUCGACUACGGCUUCUGGUACGACCGCCAGAAACAGACCCUCAAGUGUGUCAAGGACAUGUUUCUGCUGGCAUCAAUGGGGCCCCCUGGUGGAGGGAGGACCCACAUCUCUGGUCGCCUGCAGAGUCGCUUCAACCUCAUCAACAUGACCUUCCCUGCUGAGUCCCAGAUCAGGCGUAUCUACGGCACCAUGAUCAACCAGAAGCUGCAGGAGUUUGAGGAGGAGGUGAAGCCCAUCGGAGGUGUCCUGACCCAGGCCACCCUGGAGCUCUACUACGCCAUCACCACCCGCUUCCUGCCCACGCCCGCCAAGAUCCACUACCUGUUCAACCUCAGGGACAUCUCCAAGGUGUUCCAGGGCUUACUGAGGGCUCACAGGGACUUCCAUGACACCAAGCACAGCAUCACCAGACUGUGGAUCCACGAGUGCUUCAGGGUGUUUUCUGAUCGCCUGGUGGACCAGAGUGACUUGGAGGCGUUCGUGAGCCUGAUUUCAGAGAAACUGGGCACUCUGUUUGACCUCACUUUCCACAGCAUCUGCCCCAACAAACAACCGCCUAUCUUUGGUGACUUCCUGAAGGAGCCCCGUGUGUACGAGGACCUGUUGGACUUUAGGACCCUGAAGAGCUUCAUCGAGACCCAGCUGGAGGACUACAACAUGACCCCCGGGGUGGUGCCUAUGAGCCUGGUGCUGUUCAGAGACGCCAUCCAACACAUCACGCGUGUGGUGCGUGUGAUCAGCCAGCCCCGGGGCAACAUGCUGCUGGUGGGCAUCGGAGGCUCCGGCAGACAGAGCCUGGCCAGGAUGGCCUCCUACAUGUGUGAAUACCUCACCUUCCAGGUGGAGGUCACCAAGCAGUACCGCAAGCAGGAGUUCAGAGACGACAUCAAGAACCUGUACCGCAUGACGGGCGUGGAUAACAAGCCCACCGUGUUCCUGUUCAACGACACCCAGAUCGUGGACGAGUCCUUCCUGGAGGACGUCAACAACGUGCUGAGCUCCGGGGAGGUGCCCAACCUCUACAAGCAGGAUGAGUUUGACGAGGUGUGCAGUGCCCUGUCAGACUCAGCCAGGAAGGACAACGUCAUGGAGACCCCAGAAUCCAUGUUCAACUACCUGAUUGACAGAGUCAGGAACAACCUGCACAUAGUGCUCUGUAUGAGCCCUGUGGGAGACCCCUUCAGGAACUAUAUCCGCCAGUAUCCGGCGCUGGUCAACUGCACCACCAUCGACUGGUUCUCUGAGUGGCCCAGAGACGCCCUGCUGGAGGUGGCUGAGAGGUACUUAGACGGAAUGGCUCUGGGCGCUGUGGAAGGGGUGGUGGACCUGUACUGGGGGAUCGACCCGGAAGAGUGGGACAGCCCUGAGCUGCAGUGUCUGAGGAUGAAGCUCCUGGAGGAGUGCCUGAAGACCUCCGCAGGUCCAUGCUUUGUUGGGCUUGUGGGAGAGAAGUACGGCAGCAUCCGUAUGCCAGGGGAGGUGGAGUCUGCCGAGUUUGAGAUGAUCCUGGAUGCGGCUGUGGAGGCGGGCCUAGAUACGCACAUCCUGGAAGAGUGGUACUGCAGGGAUGAGAACUCGGUCCCACCUGCCUACUACCUCAAACCCAAAGCCCAAAUGCUGAAGAACUACCAGAAUUCAAUGGAGUCCAGCAGCGCGGCCAAGACGAAGAACGACAAGGCCUGGAGGACCGUGUCUGAGGAGAUCAAGAAGAUCUUCCGCACCUCCGUCCUCCAGCUUCAGGAGAAGGGCACCAUGAAGAGUGCUCAGGCCAAGAAGUUCCUCUGUUCUGCCUUAGAGGACGAACUGGACUUUGCCUUAGGCAAACAAACCCCUGCCUUCCUCAAGAAGUGCGUUUGCUACAUCCGCAAGAUCUCCAAUUUCGACCGCCAUGCCAAGCUGCCCGAAAUGGCCCGCUACAUGGACAUAGUGGUCAGUGCAGACCGUGUCAUGCGGAACCAGGAAGCCUACGAGCGCCUCUUAAAGGUACGGGACGAGUUUAUACCCACCGUCGUCGCCGCCUCCAACCUGCGCGUCUAUUCCUCGGUGACGCACUGCGACAUGAAGCUGGGCUACUCCCAGGAAGUGGAGAGUCACUACGUGGAAGGCUUGUGUAAACAGUUUUACGAAGACAUGGUUGACAUCAUCCAGGCCACGGUCCAGCAGAAUUUCGACACGGAAACCGACCCGCUCUACGACGAGAUCAUCCAGCACCUGUCCCUGUGUAAGACGCUCUCCUCCUUCUACGAGUACAAGAGCGAGUCACUGGAUUACAUGCAGGAGUAUCUGUUGCCAUCUAAAGGAAGCAGGAUGAUGCCUCUAGUGGUGUACGGGGGUCCUUGCACGGGCAAGACCCUACUGCUUGCUGAGGUCGCCAAACAGGCCUACACAUGGCUUCAGACGGAACUGGGGCCCGAGACCGACCCCGUGGUCAUCGUCCGCUUCAUCGGCUCCUCCGACUUCUCCUUGGACCUCCGUACUCUCCUCCAGAGCAUCUGUGAGCAGAUUGCCAUCAACUACCGCUGCCUCAUCCACUUCCUGCCCAACAAGAUCCAGGAGAUGAGAGAGCUGCUGGUCAAUCUCCUGGGAGAGUCCUCCUUCCACCGGCCCCUGGUCAUCGUCCUGGACUCCCUGGAGCAGCUCUCCGAAGCGGACGAGGCCCGCAAGCUGUGGUGGCUCCCCGUCCACCUGCCCCGCACCGUACGCGUCGUGGUGUCCACCCUGCCCAACAAGUACGGCAUUCUGCAGAAGCUCCGUCACCUCAUCCAUGACGAGGGGCGCUACGUGGAGCUGGUCCAGAGGGACCGCAAGGCUUGCAGUCAGACCCUCAAGCAGCAGCUGCUGGGGGUCAAGAGGAAGGUGACGUCGGGUCAGCAGAUCUACGUCAACGAAGCGUUGGCCAAGUGCACCCUCCCUAUGUUUGUCAACCUCAUCUACCGUGAGGUGGUCCACUGGAGGUCCCAUAAAGACGUGGACGAUAAGUCACUGUGCUCCACGGUUCACGAGAGCAUCGAACAGCUCUUCUACUCCGUGGAGAACAAGCUAGGGCAGAGGUUUGUGUUCAGAGCACUGGGCUACAUCACCAUGGCCAAAGCCGGAUUGACUGAGGUCGAGUUGGAGGACAUUUUGUCAUUGGAUAACAGUGUUUUAAGUGAUAUCAUGGUGAGUUCAAACCUCAAGAACCCCCUGAGGAUUUCAUACGACCUGGUCGCAAGGCUCAAAGAGGAGCUGGAGGGGUAUCUGAUAGAGCGGCAGGUACGGAACGUGACCCUGAUGGUGUGGGCCAACCGACAUCUCCACCUCAUUGCCCAGAAGCUGUACCUCAGCAAUGAGGAAGACGUCCACCAGAUGCACAGCCUCUUGGCAGAGUACUUCCUGGGGGCGUGGUCGGGAGGCAGGAAGAAGAUCUUCCACUGCGACAACAACCACUUUGCGUCGCUCAACAUCUCGCAGCAUAAAAACCCCCACCAUCAGCCGUCUCACGAGAAAGCAUCCUCGGAGAAGUACUCUUACGACCGGCAGACUCCGGAGCAGCCCUGGGUGUUCCAAUGCAACCUUCUGGAACCUGACAUCUUCUUCGUCAACCACAGGAAAAUGACUGAGCUCCUCUACCACUUAACCCGGAGUGGCCGUACAGACGACCUCAUGUUCGGCGUCAUUAUGAACUUCAGCUGGCUUUAUACCAUGAUCAAGAUUGGACAGUUUGAAAAGGCCUUGACUGACAUUGACUUAGCCUACAGCUACUCCCAAGAGAAGGAACUGAAGUUCUUAGCUUCCACACUGCGCAGCAUCAAGGUGAAGGUGAUGAAGAACCCGGCGUCGCUGUCUGCAGAGCUGCAACAGAGGCUCCUCCCCGUGGUCACCUCCCUCCCCAAGCUCAGACACCUCCUCCUCGAGUGCGACAAAGACGGACCCAAGUACUGCUCCAUAGUGCCCCUCCACUCCUCCAUGGACGUCACCUACAGUCCAGAGAGGCUGCCUCUGUGCUCGAGCUACAUGCAGAUAGUGGAGAUUCUGCCCACCUUGGCCCCUAACAUUGUACUGGUGGCCUUGGAGGACGGAUCCGUCAGCACCUGGGACGUGGAGAGCCGGCAACUCCUUCGUCAGAUCGACACGGCCAAGUCAGUCGUGCUCGGCAUCCGUCUGACCACGGAUGAGAAGUACCUGGUGGUAGCCACGACCAAGAACACCCUGCUCAUCUACGACAACCACAAGUCCUGCCUGCUGUCGGAGGUGGAUAUCAAGGGGUCCAAGCAUGGCGGCAUUACCGGAGGGGUCACCUUUAUCAACGGCUUCACCCUGUCUAGUCACCACGCGCUAGCUUGGUUAGAGGCCAGUAAAGAUGUCAAUGUCAUCGACCUGCUUUAUGGUUGGCCUCUUUACCAGUUCCACUGCUGGUAUGAGGUCACUUGCGUCCAAUGCUCCCCAGAUGGAAUGUAUGCUUUCUGUGGUCAGUACCUCAAUACCACGUCCGUCUUUCAUCUUGGCAGUGGAGACAAGCUUGCCACCGUGACCUCGGAAUUUUCCGGCGGUUUUGUCAAGUCCAUUCUAGUCCUAGAUACCCUUCACCAGAUGGUGAUGAUCGACAACGAAGGGAGUUUGUCGGUGUGGAACACCAAAGAGAUUACCGCUCCCCGCCUAAUGGAGGACUACGACUGCAGAGGAGACGAGAGUGAGGUGGUGGGCAUCGAGCUGUCUGAGGACCAGCGUUCCAUCCUCAUCUGCAAGGCCAGGAGCAUUGAGGUCCUCGACACCAAAGUUUGGAAGAUGGUGGAGAAGUUUAAGGCCAAGCGCACCGAACGUUUCGUGGCCGCCGUCCUCUCGAAAAACGGCCAAAGCAUCGUCGCCUCCAUGGAGAACACGUCGUCCAUCUUUGUGUGGAGGAGGGAUAGCGGGCAGUGCAUGGCCAGCUUAAUCGAGAUCUCAGGGGCCAUCGUCAAACUAAUCAAGUCCACCCACCAUAACAUGCUUCUGUCUGUAGCCAGCAGUGGGGUCCUCUCAGUUUGGGACAUUGACAUCAUCACUGCCAUGUCCAAUAUUGACAAAACAGGCAAGAGGAUUCAGACCUUACAACUCUCUGGCAGAGAAGACUAUGUGUUUACUAUGGAUGGUUCCGAGUCAAUCCACAAGUGGAAUUUUAACACAGGUUUCAUCGAGACAGUUUACAAGCACGAGGGCUUGGUGGAGAACUGUGUGCUAACCUCCUCCGGUGACCUCAUGGUGACUUCAGAUGACAAGAGCAGCCAGUACAUCUGGCAAACUGCCACAGGAGAAAACAUCUUCCGCAUCAACGGACAGAAGAUAUCCCAGCUCCUCAUUACCCACAAUGAUCAAUUUGUUGUGUCCCUCUGCGAGCAGAAUGCUUCCAGAGUCUGGAGGCUUGCCACAGGCCACAAGGUGUGCAAUAUUCUGGUGACCCUUCAGAAUGCACUGAUAACCACCGCCAACACCUUUCUAGUUGGAGCCACCAAAAACAAGCUUCUCGCCGUCAGCCUCUGGUCAGGCAGUGUGUCCAAAAAGUUUGUCUGCGAUGAUGGCAUUACCAUCGUCAACUUCAAACUCAUUCCAGACUGUCCUGAUUUUGUGGUCUUCAUCACAUCCACAGAGACCGUGUUCAUCUGGAGCGUUGCGGAUGAGUCUGUCUGUAGGCGUGUCCAACUGCCCACCAACUUCCUCAAGAACCUGGAGGACUUCCAGAUAUCCCCCAAUGGAAAACUCGGGAUAGUCUCCAAGGGUGACGAGAACAUCAACGUGUUGGACCUCCACAGUGGAAAGCUACGGUUGGUCCACGCUGCAGGCAUCAUCUGGAGACAGAAGCUUUCCAGAGACGGUCGGUACCUGGUGUACAUCUGCUUCCGGAACUGUGAGGAGGACAACGAGGCAGGCGUAGUGUCAAACCUGAUUGUGAUGCGUCUGGCGGACGGCAAGAGUAUCGGCACAUGCUCUCUUUACAAGACGCCGACCUUCCUCUGCCUCUCCCAGCGGGCUUUAAACAUCAUCAUCGGCUUUGAGGACGGAAGCAUCGGCACCUACACCGUGGUGGACCGCGUGGACGCCGCUCUCAAGAUCAAGAUCGCCACCUCCAACAGCCGUCAGAUCGUCAACAACGCCUCGCAGAAGGUGCGUCCCAAGUGCGGCAACCACGCCUUUAAGAGCAUCGCCGACUGCGUGUGGAGGGAGUCGACGGAGGUGUUCUCCAGAGACAGCCCCAUCAACGUCUCCGAUUCGGGGGAAGCCGAGACCACAACACCUACGAAGAAAAGUGAACUGCUGCAGUAAGAGGAUGGAGUCCUAUGGGGUUUCUAUGGGGUUGCAGUUGACUCAUGUUUACAGCCACCUGAUUCAGCUGCAGAUGUCAGCCCUAUGGGUAGUUUAUGGGCCGACUCCUAUAACGCUGCACUCAAGUCAUGUAAUACUACGACCUAUGAUAUUUAUUUUAUUUUUUUCAUACAAUGACUGUUAGAAAACGUAUUUUUAAGUAACGACUUAACCUAAAAAGUUAUUUUUAUUAUUUGAAAAAAAAAGAUAAUUUAACUGUUUAUGAGAUAUAUUAGUUUGCCAUUAUGUGUCCUUUUGCAUUUGAAGAACAAGAUUGAUGUUCAAAUGUCUCAGUUUAAACAUUUCCAAAGCCAUUCCAGUGAAAUGACCACUCUUCCUUAUACAUCUAUUUUAUUUAUUUACAUUGUGCACACAUUAAGCCAUAUUGUUGUUCUGAAGAUGUGUAUUUAUGUUUAUUUAGAUACCAUCGAUUAGUACUGUACAAACUGAAAGAACUAUAUAGC